AUGGAUAGUGGUCUUGAAAUGGCAAUUAAAUUGUUAAGAAAUCGGCAAGCUACGAAUCCAUCAGGUGCUUUGCUUGUUCUAACUGAUGGUCAAGAUUGUCAACGUCAUGAUUAUUCAAAUUUGAUGGAACAACUGUCAGAAGGUGUUGUUUGUCACACAUUUGGUUAUGGAUCUGACCAUAAUGCUGCUCUACUUUCUCAAAUAGUUGAACAAGGUCAUGGAGGUACUUUCACAUAUAUUGACCAAGUCGAUGGAGUUGGUCAUGCAUUUGCUACUGUAGUUGAUGAACUAUUUAUAUGUAUUGGAAAACAGUUAAGGAUUCAAUUGGAGUUUAAUGGUGAUUAUACAAUUACUCAUGCUCAUACAACUUACUCGUAUGAACCAAACAACCAUCCGUACGGAACCUGUUCCGAUCAAGUAGAUCCUCAAUUAUCACUUAUUCAAGUCAACUAUGAACUUGAUAUUCAACGUAAUCGAAUCGAAACAAGUGAAGUAUUGAAACGAGCAGUGGUAGAAACUGAUUAUGAACGUGCGCGUCAGAUGAUCAACGUGCAACUGGCAAAAAUUAGCUCAUCAAUUUCAGCUGCAAAUCCGUUAUGCCAACAAUUGAUGUGGGAUUUAGAAUUCCAAUAUCCAAGUCAAAUAGAAUCUUCAAUAUCAUUGGCAACCGUGCACAUGCAGCACGAGCAAAAACAUAACAGCCAUGCAACUACUACUACAAUUAGUGAAGCAUGUAAGAUGUCAUCGAAUCGAGGACGUUCUCGAAGUAACUAUCUUUUUUGA